GAGGAGGACUCCGGGCGCGGAGGGGAGGAAGCAGGCAGCGCUUGCCAUGGCCUCCAACUUUAACGAUAUAGUCAAGCAGGGCUACGUAAAAAUCCGCAGCAGGAAGCUGGGGAUUUUUAGGCGUUGUUGGUUGGUUUUCAAGAAGGCUUCCAGUAAAGGACCCAGGAGGCUAGAAAAAUUUCCAGAUGAGAAGGCAGCAUAUUUUAGGAACUUUCACAAGGUAACUGAGCUGCACAAUAUUAAAAACAUAACCAGAUUGCCUCGGGAGACAAAGAAGCAUGCAGUGGCAAUUAUCUUUCAUGAUGAGACAUCAAAGACAUUUGCGUGUGAGUCAGAGCUAGAGGCAGAGGAGUGGUGCAAACAUCUUUGCAUGGAAUGUCUAGGGGCCAGGCUCAAUGAUAUAAGUCUUGGGGAACCAGAUUUGCUUGCUGCUGGAGUCCAGAGAGAACAAAAUGAACGAUUCAAUGUAUACCUUAUGCCUACACCAAAUUUAGAUAUCUAUGGGGAAUGUACAAUGCAGAUCACACAUGAAAACAUCUAUCUCUGGGACAUCCACAAUGCCAAGGUCAAGCUGGUCAUGUGGCCUCUGAGCUCUUUGAGGAGAUAUGGACGUGACUCAACGUGGUUUACAUUUGAGUCUGGAAGGAUGUGUGACACAGGAGAAGGGCUGUUCACCUUUCAAACACGAGAAGGAGAAAUGAUAUAUCAGAAAGUCCAUUCUGCAACACUGGCAAUAGCUGAGCAACAUGAAAGAUUAAUGAUGGAAAUGGAGCAGAAGGCAAGGCUCCAGACCAGUCUGUCUGAACCAAUGACUUUAUCCAAGUCAAUCUCACUUCCUCGUAGUGCAUAUUGGCAUCACAUCACCCGGCAGAACAGCGUUGGAGAAAUCUACAGUUUACAAGGUCACAACCUCGGCUCAGCGAAGGUGUCCCGGGCGCAGACAUUUCCCAGCUACCCGUCGGAGCAGGCUGAGGAGCACCAGCAGUCGCUGUCGCUGGCCAGCAGCUACGCCUUCAGCUACGGCUCGGGGCUGGUGCAAUGACAGCCGGGGCUGCCGGCCAACAUGGACACUUGAGCCUGGAGCCUCCCGCCAGGACCGGGAGCUGCUGGCCCCUCUGCACCCACCAUUUGCCGUGAAAACUGACGCCUACCAGCUCCAGCUGGGGCACCGCCAAUGCGGAAACCUGGAGAGGCGGCUUCCCCGAAGCAGAGGCUAAGUCUUUAUUUAUUUAUUUUGCCGUUCCUU